AUAGUCCAAUCCUCACUAUACUUUCUCAUGGAGCUCAUAUUCUCCAACUUCUCAAUCCUUCUCACCUUUCUUCUCUUUAUCCUCUUGGUCCUCAAAAUAGGGAAGACAUUCAAAAACACUAAUGAAACUUCAAAUCUACCUCCAGGCCCACCGAAACUGCCUCUGAUUGGAAAUUUGCACCAGCUUGUAGGCUCUCUACCACAUCGCAGACUCAGAGAUCUGGCCAAGAAAUAUGGACCCUUUAUGCAUCUACAGCUUGGGGAAAUUUCUGCCGUUAUUGUUUCAUCGCCAAAGUUUGCGAAAGAAGUUAUGAGAAUUAAUGAUGUAAACUUUGCAUCAAGGCCUCAGAUUCUAGCAACAGAAAUUAUGUCUUAUGAGUCUACUGAUCUUGUCUUUGCACCAUAUGGUGAUUACUGGAGACAGCUAAGGAAGAUUUGUACAUUGGAGCUUUUAAGCAUGAAACGAGUCCAGUCUUUCCGAUUUAUAAGAGAGGAGGGGGUGUCUACUCUCGUUGAUUGGAUUGCUUCAAAAGCAGGAUCACCGGUCAACCUUACCGAAAAAGUUCACUCACUAACAUAUGGUAUCACUUCCAGGGCAGCCUUUGGCAACAAAUGGAAAGAUCAAGACUUGUUCAUAUCAAUUAUCAAAGAAGCUACAGUUGCUGCAGGAGGUUUUAAUAUUGCUGAUCUGUUUCCGUCUAUUAAAUUUCUUGAAUCUGUGAGUGGAAUCAGGCCUCAACUAGAAAGGAUGCAUAAACAAACUGACAGGAUAAUUGAAAACAUUAUCAAUGAACACAAGAAGGGUCAGGCUACAUUAAAAAUUGGUGAAGAAGAUGAAGAUCUGGUUGAUGUUCUUUUGAAAGUUCAAGAGCAUGGUGAUCUUGAAUUUCCCUUAACUUCUGAGAACAUCAAAGCAGUAAUCUUGGAUAUUUUUAGUGCUGGUAGUGAGACAUCAGCCACAACUGUAGAUUGGGCAAUGUCUGAAAUGGUGAAAAAUACAAAAAUACUGGAGAAGGCACAAGCUGAGGUGAGGGAAGUCUUUGGAAGAAAAGGGAAGAAAGUCGAUGAAGCAAGCAUUGAAGAAAUAAAAUUCCUGAAGCUAGUUAUAAAAGAGACUCUGAGGCUGCAUCCUCCUGCUCCUUUGUUAAUUCCAAGAGAAUGUAGAGAAGCGUGUGUGAUUAAUGGAUUUGACAUACCCAUCAAAACCAGACUCAUGGUUAAUGCGUGGGCGAUUGGAAGAGAUCCAGAAUAUUGGACUGAACCUGAGAGCUUUAUUCCAGAGAGGUUUCUUGAUUGUUCUAUUGACUAUAAGGGAAAUAAUUUCGAGUACAUCCCAUUUGGUUCUGGUAGGAGGGUGUGCCCAGGAAUGUCAUUCGGACUGGCCAACGUGGAGCUUCCACUUGCAACGUUGUUGUAUCAUUUUGAUUGGAAACUCCCUAAUGAAAUGAAGAAUGAUGAUUUGGACAUGACCGAGUGUUUCGGUAUGACAGUCAGAAGAAAAGAUGAUCUCUGCUUGAUUCCUAUACCUUAUCAUCGAUAGCCAUUUGCAUAGGCUCAACUUGAUUGUGCCUUGGAAGAAAAGAAAAGAUUCUAGGGUUCAAGACCUUGGAAGAAUGGACCUGAUAGUGCCUUCAUUUGGUUAAUGUAUGGCUCAAAAAAGAGACUUUAUUUUCUUUGAGGGAAAUUUUGUAAUUCUAAUUUGGGGUAUUAUUGUAUUCUAGUAAUUAUUAUGUAAGUUUUACUUUGAAGUUACAAUUGUGAACACAUUCAUGAACACAUGUGAUUUGAGAUUCGUGUCCUGUUUUUACCUUCUUUUUUUCUUUAA